AACUGUGUGGCAGCGCCGAACCGUGGCAAGUCGAUAGUUUUUUUUAUUUUGUUGGUCAGUAUAAACAAAUAAUAUUAAAGCCAAAAUAAAAAAGUGCUGCUAAACACUUAAUAACUCUAUGUUCCUCACAAAUUAUUAAAUAUAUCUUACAAUGAGCAUUAACUGGAUAAAGAUCACGGAAAGAGCCCGAGAGGGCAUCAAAAUCAUCAAUGCCUUGCCCUACGAGACCUUUACGACGGUUCUGUUCUACACCCACCGGCAGAUGAGUCCCAGCGGAGCAACGGCGAGUGCCACCAGUAGUACAGUGGGCACCAGUGUGACGACCGCCGGCCGGGUGGACAGCAGCAACGAGGAGAACCCCACGAGUAGCACCGAACCGGAGUACACACUCGAGGAACUGGAGCGAUUGGUGGGCGUACCACGUCAGGACUUCCUGCUGCUGAUCAAGACCUUCUCCUACAUCCUGCGUCGCAUCUCCACGUUCAUCAUCAAGCCAAGUUUGCUGCAGCGUGAGCUGCGCGAGAAACUCCAGCUGGAGGAUGAGGCCAAGAUCGAUGCCAUAUUGCGUUUGUGGGUGCGCGAAACGACGCCCAUUAUGAACAAUUUGGCCAGCAAGCGGUACGAAUCAAAUGUCAUCGAAGAUGUGGCCUGGAAGCUCAACAUGGAGAUCUCCUCGCAUUGCCAGCAGCGGGAGAAGACCCCGCUGGCCGUGCUCCAAAUGAAAACGGCCGUCGGUGAGGAUAUCAACAUCGAAAUGACACAACCAGAACUAAUGGAACUGUACAAUCAGUUCGAGAGCAUCCAGGGCGAACUGGACGCCAUGCUGGCCAUGAAGGCUUCAGGAGCAACGGCGCCUGGCAAUCAGUAAUAGGGGACACCAUCGACCAAUUCCAGUGCCAAUUUUAUUGUUAAUUCGCACAAAACUCUGUGCAAAAAGAUGGACCUAAAAGUAUGCAAUACUAACACGAUCGUAGCCAAAUGUUAAACACGUUUUUUUGUUUAAUUCAGUAGGGAUUUUCCUAAGUUAUGGCUAAUUUUCCGAACGUAGCCAAAUGUUUACUAGAGUAAGAGUUCUGCUUUGAUAUAUCAAACGUUGCAAUGAUUUCGAAAAUGCAUUAGGAUCUUCUGCAAAAUAACAAAUCCCCUAAUAAAUUUAGAUAAAACAAUAUGUGGCACAUUUUACAGUACACUUUAAUGGAUCUCUGCAUGCGUUUUACUCGUCUACUCCACCUCGGAUCAUAAUUCUACUGAUAAACAUUACAAAUUAUUACAAUGAUAUAUAUUUAAUAUAUGUCUAUAUUGUAUAUGCAUAUGUUAUUCGUCGGCCUUAGUAUGUGUGAGUGUGUGUAUAUAAUGGAGUCGUAUAUUAUGUACGCAUUAUACAGACUUUCUAGUUUCAUCUUCUCUAACUUUUGCAUAAUUAUGCAUAUGUGUAUUUAUUGUUAUUGCGGGAGGGCGGGGAUUUUGGGUUUGCUUCGUAUUCAAAUUAGGGGCUUCGUUGUAUUUUUCACUAAUCUAGAAGCAAAACGAUUUCUAUUGCACUCUUUCACAGUUCGGUUAAUCAUUUCAACUAAGUUUGGACAAAA